AGCAUUAAAAUAAGGAAGUAGCUAGAUUUUGGAACUUAAAAAUUUAAUACUUUCUCAGCAUUGCGGGGAAGCGGAUGUGAGUUCAGAAUGGAGUGGAUAAAGAUUAUUUUCUUGAUUGGGAUGCCCAAGAUUUUUCUUCUUGGAAUGGCUACCGGUCAGAAGAAUGUUAUCACCCUGAAUGAUGGAGGUUAUUCGAAUGUGCUCAUCGCUAUCGACAGAAAAGUGCCCGAGGACCUGACCAUCAUCGAAAAUAUUAAAACUAUGUUUACAUCAGCAUCUCAGCGUCUCUACAAUGCAAGUAGGAAUCACGUCUACUGGAAACACAUCAAGAUCCUUGUCCCGAACACCUGGUCUAAUCUGAGCCGGUUCGAACAUUCCAGGACGGAAUCGUUGCACUCUGCUAAUAUCAUCGUGCACCACUUCCCAGAUGAUGAGCCGUACGUUGAAAACCUUGAAGGGUGCGGAAAGGGAGCUCUGAGCCUGAUGCAUUUAACGCCGGAAUAUAUUCUGAAUGAACAGUAUAGAGAAGAUGAAUUCGGAGAUACAGACAAUGUCCUAGUCCGAAGUUGGGGUUACUACCGAUGGGGAUUGUUUAAGGAAAACUACGACGGGAAAGGAGUCAGCAAUGCUAGCUACGAAUCGGGUUCCAAGAACGAUGAUCCCAAUAGCACCGGUCAAUCGAGAGAAGGAACACGCUGCUCUCUCGAGAUCAAAGGAAAUUUGUCACCUAGUAGUUGUACGACAAAACAGAAAAAGGAUUGCCUCUUCAUCCCUGAUACAGAAUCUGAACAGACGGCUAAAACAUCCCUGCUCUUUGCGACAAGAAAAUAUCACGUACCUUCUAUAAGUGAAUUCUGCGAUGAUGGCUCUCACAACAUAAAGGCACCAAACCUUAUGAACAACCAUUGCUGCGGCAAAAGUGCUUGGAAGGUUAUGACCGAGCACACCACAGACUUUCAGCAUGUCCAUGGUGAAGUAGAACGACACUCCGACAUCACUCCUGUGUUUGAGGUCCUUGCACUUUCGUCUGUCAGGAGUGUAGUCCUUGUCCUUGACGUCAGUUCGAGUAUGCUCGGGUGCAAAUUAAAAAGAAUGAUCCAAUCUUGCAAAACGUACAUAAGUACGAUUCCAAAAGGUAGCAAGCUUGGAAUCGUUACCUUUUCCACGGAGGCUGUAAUUGAAGCACAUCUUACGGAUGUUAAAGAUAUCACUUCGCGUGAAGGACUCAUGAAUGCUUUGCCGACAAAUGCAGAUUGCGAUACUUGCAUAGCAUGUGGGAUACAAUCAGCAAUCAAGGUAAAAUGUAAAUCUGGCAUCGAAAAUUCAUUUUAUGAUUGUGUAAAAUACGAAUGUAAAAAAAAAUAUCAGAAAUUUACUUUAUUGAUUUGAAAACCAUUCUGCGGCCCCUGACAUUAGCCGCAGCACCGUACUUGAAACGAUGCUGGUGUUGGGGUUGACCUCGGAAAAUAUGGCGUAAUUCUGACAGUUCGUGUUGGGCGCUGGUGUUGAAUCAACAUCUGGUGUUGCCGAUCUACAUGUAAUUUCCCCAUUUACCAACACCUACUCCAAGGGAUUGGUAAAAUCGUGAUUUCAAGUUCGGUGUUGGUGUUGGUGAUUUGAAGCCCACGAACAGGCGGCAACCAGGAAAAAGCAUUCCCGUUAAUAAAUUGAGAUUUUUACAGAUGAGUGCAAAUCAUUAGCGUCUUAUACAUUUUGAUGGACAAUAACAUUUACUCUUUUGGAUCCUUGAAGCAAUUUUAGCAUUUGUAAUCUUUACGAUGAGAUUUUAAUGUAAUUUCUCUUCGAUUUCAGUUUCGUCGUCGAGAAUUUCUCGCGUAAAGUUGAGAUGAUCAACAGCGCAGGGCAGAGGCGUGAAGUAAUAGGCUAUCGAUAACGCGAUCGGUAUCAUUCUCCUGAACCCAACUGUGGAGGUGCCGUGGCCGAGUGGUCUAAGGCGCCUGGCUAUACAUGAAAAAGUCCGGGGUACGAUCCCCGGCCGCGGCAGAUAUGCCUGUGAGUAAGGCAUUUAAUCUACAAUGCUCCUUUUAUCCUGCUUUAAAAUAAAUGGAAAUGAUAUAUGCAUUAAUGGUAACUAGUGAACUUGUUU